GAAGGAGCCGGCAGCAAAGUCGGAGAAGCUAGUGAUCUGAGAUUAUGUGACUUCUCAAAAGACAAUAACACUGCGUAUAGGACGCAAACUGCGAGACCGUGGAAGGGCAUAUUACGCAAACCCCAAGCCUUGACCUAUUACUUGGUUGGCGGCUGGUGCCAAGGGUGUUCAGCUACGUAAGGGAUGAAGUGCUGCCUGCAUGCAUUAUUACCCCGCUUGACCCUUCAGAGCCUGUCAUUAUGCUUGUGUGGAAUUGACUCAUAGUGAUUGUUGCAAUGGGCUUCCAGGAGAGCGAGAACGAAAAUGAAAAUAACGGCGGCUUGCUGCAUGGGACUGAGCGCUGUAACGGUCUUUUUGAAGCUCUUUUGGCCAAAUUUCCUAGCCGCCAAGGGAAUGAAUACGAGGUCACGCUGGAUUCUCACCGGCGCUUUCAAGCCUGGAUACCGCGGCUCCAUGAAAGCCUCACAUACAUGGUUGGCGAUAAGGGCGUUUUGAUCCGGCAACUCAUCAAUUCAAUUGAGGCCAACCUUCAUUGUAUUCUUGAGAUAAGGAGCCACAAGACAGACCAAGGCACCCGGCACGGAGCAAUGGAAGUACUUGCUAAUGACAUUCUGAGUACCGUCUCGAACUCAGUCGCUCGGCUCGAGGACUAUACCACGGCGGUAGGGCGGGAGUUUGAACAAGAUGGCUAUAGCCAACGCCGCGCACCUCCGAUCAUCUACGACUCCCUAGUUAUACGGGGGCUAAUCCUCAGUCGAUUUCCCAGGCUGAGCGAGUCGAUUCUAAGGCUGUUAGAGAGGUCAGUAGUGGCAAGAAGGGAAGCUUUGUUAUCCCUCAGAAAUGUAAGAUCAGCACCGGGCCGAGGAUUCGAGGCCGUUGAGGAUCAAGACUCAUCUGAGACUGAGUCUCUGUCCUCGGUGCAAUCCGAAUCAUGGAUCAAUUAUCCAUAUCCUGCUCCACCCGAAGGGGAUGGUGAUGCACAAACAAAGCGCUGUGAUUGGUGCUACAACGAGUUGGAGGUUUCUAAGUUGAAGAACAUCGCAUGGUGGCGGAAACAUUUUCUAGGAGAUCUACAGCCCUAUGUCUGCCUUGCUGGCUGUGAGCACCCGCGAAUGCUUUUUUCGAAGUUCGAUGAGUGGCAAGACCACAUGGACUUUUUUCACGAUGAGGAUUGGAUCAAGAAUCUACAGCAACUUGAUCAAUCGCGCUGUGAUGCCACUACUUUCUCCUCCGGGGGGCAAGAAUUUGAUACCUCAUAUGAGCUACAAACGCAUAAAAAUGUUGUGCAGGGAGGAGAAGCAUUUUGGACCCAAGAAGACUUCAUACUGAACAGAAGUGUGGAAACUUCAUCUAUUGGACUUGCUACUUGUCCAUUGUGUCAUCAGCAUAUUUUAAUAGAUGGCUCUAUCAGAGGAAAGUUUCGUUGCAGAUAAACCCACGACUAUACCAGUGCCAAUCUCCCUCGAAGGCCCAACCUCCCAAGAACUAGAGAUAAGAGAAAUACUUGUUAGGCAUAUUGCUAAUGAUCUCAAAGACAUAGCUUUCCUAUCUCUGAAAGACAUCGACGGUGAGACUCUACGUGGCGGGUCUUCCAAUUCUAUGGAUGGC